ACAAUGCAGAUGCAAGACAACAUCAGCCAUUGAUACACAUUGAUACACAUUGAUACACAUUGAUACACAUUGAUACAUGAUUCAAUCCUCGAGUUAUGUACCGAAAGAAGAGAAGUUAUCUAUUAUGCAAAUACAAAGCUCACGGUCUAUAAAAUGGGGUUUCGGCGGGUCUUUGGCGAUUGCGGGCUAACGUUAUCUCGUGAGGACCGGACAGCGCCGUCCGAAUGCCGAUAGAUAGGUAGAUUAUCAAUCACUGCAGAAUCCUCCAAUUGCGUGAUAGUAGAUAUGCAGACCGCUACUAAUCGCCUGAAGCUCGCCUUUGUUAGUAAUCCCUACCUCCCGUCCUGGGGGAUAGAACAUGUGAGCUCGAGGUGUUAAUUAGGCCAAAAAAAAAGGUGUCUCUUUUCUCUCUCUUAAUAUCUUAGAUAGGUAUACUUAGAUGUUCGUAAAAUCAUCUAGAUUUUAAAUCAAUGUCUUCCGAAAACGUCGCCCCUAGUCAUGCCGACGGGGCCGCAGAGACGACACCUCUGCUAAAGAAAGACGUCUCCGUCGUUAGCGUCUCGGCUCAGAGUCAGUCUAACGGCACGUUUUCGAGUGAGAGCAACUCGGUCGCAGACGACUUCCCGGAGAACGAUGUGGAAAAUGGCCGGCCUAACGGCGCUGCGCCGAACGGAGAUGCGCCGAAGUUGAAAGUAAAUAUGAAGGCGUUACUGCCGGCGCUUGCCAUUGGUAUCUUCAUGGUGGCGCUGGACCAGACCUUGACUAUCGCCACCUACGGCAAGAUGGGCAGCGACCUCAAUGCCCUAAACUCGACGAGCUGGAUCUCCACCUCGUACUUCCUGACGCUGACGGUGUUCCAGCCCUUAUAUGGGCGGUUGUCUGACAUAUUCGGCCGCAAGGAAUGUCUGCUGUUUGGGUACGCCGUCUUUGGGCUUGGUUGCCUCGGCUGUGGGCUGUCCCGGGACAUCGUCGAGCUGUGCACGGCCCGCGCUAUAGCCGGCAUCGGGGGUGGCGGUAUGAACGCCGUUGUGACCAUCCUCGUCACGGACCUUGUGUCCCUUAGGGACCGGGGCCUCUUUCAGGGAUAUAUUAACGUCGUGUACACUGCGGGCAUGGUAUCCGGCGCACCAAUCGGCGGGCUGAUCGCCGACACUAUCGGCUGGCGGUGGGCGUUUGCAGGCCAGUUCCCGCUGUCGCUAGUCGCGUGGCUAGCUGUAUUCUUCGUCCUCGACGUGCCCAAGGCGGACCAUGCGCACUGGACACACAAGGUUCUACGUAUCGACUUCCUAGGGGCCUUUACGCUGGCCUCGGCCGUGUUCACGUUACUAUUCGGCCUCGACAACGGCAGUAAUGAGGGCUGGAGCCAGCGAAUCACUAUUAUCCCCCUGGCGCUGACACCGCUCCUCAUCGCGCUAUUCCUCUUCAUCGAGGUCAAAGUUGCCUCGGUGCCGUUCGCGCCGGGCCAUGUUAUCCUCGACCCGCCGCUGUUAGCGGUGUAUGGGGCCAACAUGUUUAGUGUAGCCUCGCAGAUGGGCGUCUCGUUCUUCAUCGCGCUGUUCUUCCAGGCUGCCGUGGGCCUCUCGGCAACGUCCUCCGGUCUCAUGUUCAUACCCAGCACGUUCUUCGGGCUCACGGGCUCGCUGGGCGGCGGGAUUCUCAUGCGCCGGACGGGCAAGUAUUACUGGAUUACGGUCAUCGGGUAUGCCUUAAUAGUACUCGCCGUAGUACCCUCGGUGUCGUUCUCUGGCGCGGUGGCGAAGUCGACCGUGGGCGUUAUCGCAGGUCUCUGCGUCAUGGCGCUUGGGUCUGGUUCUUCAAUUACCAGCUCGCUCAUUGCCAUAAUCGCCAAUGCGGAUCCCGCCGAUUCGGCCGUGGCCAUUGCGUGCUCAUACCUAUUCCGGUCCCUCGGCACGACGCUCGGAGUUAGUAUUACCACGGCGGUCCUGCAGCAAGUCCUACGCACGGAGUUAGCCGCGGAGCUCGGCGGCGAUGGUGACAAGGCGCGCGAGAUCGAGGAGGGCGUGCGCCAGAGCCUCGACUACAUCCGGAGCUUGGAUCCGGCGAUCGCUGAAAUCGUGCGGGACUGCUACGCCGUCGCUGUGCAGUGGGCUUUCAUACCGGUUGCUAUUUUGGCCACGGGCGCAUUGAUCUCGUCUAUCUUCAUUAAGGAGAAGAAGCUCGAGGGGCGGUAGGCGGUAGGUGCCCAUGUACUUAUUCCGGCCCCUUUUGUCAACUUAGGAGACGGUGGUGAGGACGUGGAUGAGAAAAAUAAAAUAAAGGGGGUUUGACUAGAUAGUAGAUCCCCUAUAGGCUUAUUUAUCUUAUAUGGCGGGUAGUCCUGGAUGAGAUGAGAUUGUAUGUACCUACCAAAUAACUAUAUGCCUCCACCUACGUGUGUGCUAAGCUGUUAAACAGCAACAACAACAAUACAAAAAGAAAAUACAAAAAGCUCGGUCCCAGAUUCGAACCCCCUCGAGGGGGUUUGAAAUCCAGGACCUACGAA